AUGCCGACCAUGUGGCUUUCAGAUACCCAGAAGAUAGGGGUCGCUUUCUGCUCAGGGGGCGGACUCUUUCUGAUGGGAGGUGUCAUGAUGUUUUUUGACCGCGCAAUGCUCGCAAUGGGAAACAUACUAUUCCUAAUUGGCCUCACACUCAUCAUCGGAACAACCAAAACCGUCGCGUUCUUUGCUCGCAAGCAGAAAUGGAAAGGCACGGUGGCUUUUGUCGCUGGUAUAUCGCUUAUUCUGAUGCGAUGGGCUUUCAUCGGCUUCAUAAUUGAGCUAUACGGUAUACUCGUUCUGUUUGGGGAUUUCCUGAUGACAAUCGCGGGUUUCGUCAGUAACGUACCGGUGAUUGGACCGUAUAUUGCUAGGGCACUGGAGGCGAUAAGUGGUGCGAGACGGAAUGCCGAUCUACCUGUUUGA